AUGGCGGCGCUGUGGAGGCGGCAGCGCUCAGGCGGGGCACGGGUUGGGCGUGGGUGGCGGCCGAGCGGCGCUCGGGCGGCAGGCUGCGCCGGCGGCGCGGCGGUGGCUGUCGGGCUGAGGUCGAUGGUUACCGCCGACGGCAGUGGCCGCCGGGCGGCUCACCGGUGGCGCUGCGUGGGACCUUUCUCCUAUGUGAACGAAGGAGAUCUGGGGGACUGUACAGUGGAGUACGGUGCAAACGAUCGAGUCACACCAAUAGCAUCUGUUGGAGGCAUAUUUCAGUUGGUUUUCUUCAACACCACGCCCAAUGCAUACACAUCAGCCAUCCGCAUGGGGUACGACAGCAAUGCUGAAACCAUGAGCUUUGUGUGGACGCCAAAGAGACACCACGUCGUUUCGGAGAAGGCCACUCUCAACUUCACAAGCCGAGGAGAUCUGGUGCUCUUCGAUGCCGAUGGCCCCCUUGUCUGGUCUACCAACACUGCUAACAAGGGCGUCGUCAUGGGGAUCGAACUCCGGACCAACGGUAACAUGGUGCUCUAUGACAAAAAUAACAGAACAAUCUGGCAGAGCUUCGACUCCCCCACAGAUAGUCUCUCGGUGGGGCAGUCAUUAGACAUAAGCCGAGUGAAAAAGCUGGUGAGCCGUACUUUGGAGAAAGACGCCUCGGAGGGGCCUUACACUCUGCAAAUGGAACUGGCGGCUUUGCGCUCUAUGCCAGUUUGCCUAAUCCUCUGCCCUACUGGACUCUCAGCUUCUAUGGGAGUGAAAGAAAGGACUUGUGAGCGGCCGGUUUCGACCAUCACCUUCCUCAGCGACCCUGAGGCCGAGAAUGGGUUCCGCCAGAUAAUCGAAAUGCAACUGAGCAACUCGAGCGCCCCUGCACAACAGAGAGCACGAGAGCUUUGCAAUCUCAGUUCCGAAUCCACAGCUGGAUUGGGAUGGGAAUCUGAGAAUGUAUACAUUCUCCCCGCUGUAGAAUACAAUACUUGGGACAUCACAUAUGAGCGGUUUAAGAGCGGAGAAGGAUUAUAUGGGUGUGGUCCGCCGAAAAAGUGUGGGUCUCUUGGGGUGUGUCAAGAUAGCAGUUGCGUGGCGUGCCCUGAACUUCUGUGGAGUUCUACAAACUGCUCUCCUCCAAAGCUGCCCAGCAGCAGUGGCAAGAGCUCUGCUUCUGUGGACUUCUACAAACUGGUUGGGGUGGAGCAUUUCUCUAACAAAUAUGGAACAGGAAUUGGUAAGGAGUCGUCAACAUACUUCCUUACACAGAGCUUGUAUACUCUGCAGCAGCUUGGCAACAGCACGCAUCUUGCCUUUAUUAAGUACGCGAAAAAGGUGUAA